GGAAUGGACCGCCUCCAGGACACAGUUUCCCUGGACCGAGGGGGCCGCUGCCCUGCCCUGCACAAGCUGGUCCCCGUCGGCUUUAGGGCUGAGGCGUGGAAGCUCUUUGUCCUGUCUGGACCCCUGUUCCUGUUCCAGGUGCUGUCCUUCAUGAUCUAUGUCGUGAGCUCGGUGUUCUGUGGGCACCUGGGCAAAGCGGAGCUGGCGUCAGUGACCCUCUCAGUGGCCUUUGUCAAUGUCUGCGGAGUUUCCGUAGGAUUCGGCUUUUCCUCAGCAUGUGACACCUUGAUGUCCCAGAGCUUCGGCAGCCCCAACAAGAAGCACGUGGGGGUGAUCCUGCAGAGGGGCGUGCUCAUGCUGCUGCUCUGCUGCUUCCCCUGCUGGGCGCUCUUCCUCAACACCCAGCAGAUCCUGCUGCUCUUCGGGCAGGACCCGCACGUGUCCAGGCUAACCCAAGAAUACGUGCUGAUUUUAAUGCCAGCACUUCCGGCGAUUUUUCUGUACAGCCUGCUGGCAAAAUAUUUGCAAAAUCAGGGAAUCAUCUGGCCCCAAGUCCUCAGUGGCACCGUGGGCAACUGCGUCAACGCCUUGGCCAACUACGUCCUGGUUUCUGUGCUGAGCCUAGGGGUUAGGGGCUCCGCCUACGCCAACACCGCGUCCCAGUUCGUGCAGACCGGCGUCCUCUUUCUCCACAUUGUGCUGAAACGGCUGCAUCAGGAGACCUGGGCAGGCUGGUCCGUCCAGUGCCUGCAGGACUGGGGCCCCUUCUUCUCCCUGGCCGUCCCCAGCAUGCUCAUGCUGUGCAUCGAGUGGUGGGCCUACGAGAUCGGGAGCUUCCUCAUGGGCCUGCUCAGCAUGGUGGACCUCUCUGCCCAGGCGGUCAUCUACGAGGUGGCUACAGUAAUCUACAUGAUUCCCAUGGGGCUCAGCAUCUCCGUCUGUGUCCGAGUAGGGACGGCCCUGGGAGCUGCAGAUACCGUGCAAGCGAAGCGAUCAGCCAUCUCAGGCGUGCUCUGCACAGUUGGCACCUCGCUGGUUAUCGGCACCCUGUUGAGCCUCCUGAAAAAUAAAUUGGGUUAUAUUUUUACCAAUGAUGAAGAGGUCAUCGCCCUGGUGGACAAGGUCUUGACCAUUUACACUGUCUUUCAGCUGUUCGAGGCCCUCUGUUGUGUCUACGGUGGAGUCCUGAGAGGGACGGGCAGGCAAGCCUUCGGAGCCACAGUCAAUGCGAUCAUGUACUACGUCAUUGGCCUCCCACUGGGCAUUGUUCUGGCCUUUGUGGUCAGGAUGAGAAUCGUGGGCCUCUGGCUGGGCAUGCUGGCCUGUGCCCUGCUGGCAGCGGUGGCCUUUGCAGCCUACACUGCCCGGAUGAACUGGGAGCUGGCUGCAGAGGAGGCUGAGAAGUGUGCGGGGCUGGCACCGCAGAGCACCGAGUGCCCCGUGGGCACAGCCCCCAGACCUGGGCCUGAGAAAGCUGUUGCCUCUUCAGUGGCUACGGGCAGCUCCCCUGGUGUCACCCUGACAACGUACUCAAGGCCCGAGUGCCAUUUGGACCUCUUCAGGACUCCAGAGGCAACCCUUUCUGCUCCUUCCAGCAGACUCUCGGGGAGACAGCUGGCCAUCCGCCGAGGCGCUGCUCUGGGGGUGGCGUCCGCCACACUGACAGCGGGGCUCGUCAUCCGUGUCCUGACCUCCAGGCACUAG